AUGAAAAGUGACAACCAGGGCUUCUCAGGGGCCCCUCCAGCCUUCGUCCUCCUGGGUGUGUCUGACCGGCUGCGGCCGGAGCUCCCGCUCUUCCUGGUCCUCCUGCUGUCCUGCGUGCUGGCCGUGCUGGGGAACGUGGCCAUCAUCCUGGCAUCCCGGCGGGACCCUCAGCUCCGCAGCCCCCUGUCCCUCCUGGACCUCUGCUACACCACCGCCACCGUCCCUCAGAUGCUGGUCAGCAUGGGCAGUGCCAGGAAGGCCACCAGCUGCGGCACGGCGCAGUACGCGGUCUUCCGCUGGCUGGGAUGCUCGGAGUGCGUGGCCCUGGCCGCCGUGGCCGUGGACCGCUACGUGGCCAUCUGCGAGCCCCUCCGCCACGCAGUCCUCAUGCGCCACGCUCUCUGCCAGCAGCUCGUGGCUCUGGCCUGGCUCGGUGGCCUCGGAAGCUCGCGGGUGCAGGUGGGCCGGACCGUGCAGUCGCCGUUCUGUGGGCGGCAGGUGCUGAACAGCUUUUUCUGCGAGGUGCCGGCCGCGAUCGCCACAGUGAACGCCGCCACGCUGGCCGUGCUGGUGGCCGCCUUCGUGUUGGUGGCCCUGGCGCUCGUCCUGCUCCGCUGCGGCUUCACUGCCCGCGCGGUGCUCAGGGUCCAGUCCUCCGAGGGACGCCGCAAGGCCUCCGGGGCCUGCUCCCCGCGCCCGCCGGGCUCCCUCUCCCACCUGCCUGCCGUUCACAGGUGUCUGCAGCCCCCUUCCAGCCACUCCCAAGGGCAGGGCACGUUAAUUUCCCUCCUCUAUCCCAUAAUCAGCCCGAUCAAUCCCUUCGUCUACACGCUGAGGAACCCAGACGUGAAGGGAGCGCUGAGGAGACCCCUGGCCAGGAUCUGGAGCCUCUGCGGACGGUGA